UGCAGCGUCGCCCCCCUCCCCUCCCCAAGCGCGCUACUGCUAACUAAAACCAGACCACGUCAAACCAAGGAGCUUUCGUAACUUUGUCCAACCAAGCAUGGCGCGGAGGAGUAGCAGGGAGCAAUAUUUCGUCACCAUGUCGACAUUACGAGAACUCCUGGACAACCAGAAGAGAGAGUUCACCAGUCUCUUGGAGACAACCAACAGGAGAAUCGAUACCCUUGCCCGCAAAGUUCAGGCAGUCAGGGGAAGCCUGCAGUACUCACAUAGGGAGAUAGGGGGCGUGAAAUCAUUGUCCCAAGAGCUGGAGCAAAGAAUCAAUGGAAUUGAGUCACAGAUCACACGACUUAGAGCUGACAUUAACGUUGACCUAACGAGAGAUGACCAUUCCGACAACCAGUCUCUCAGCAACUUCAGUGUACAAAGUUACAAUCAGAGUUAUACUAGUUAUCAGGAAGAUUAUCAGAGUGAUUAUCAGGAUGAUAUCGAUAAUCAGAGUGAUAACCAGAGUGAUAACCAGAGUGGUUAUCAGAGUGAUAACCAGAGUGACCAGAGCAGAGAUGACUCUGAUGAGGAGGAGGAAAGUGACAUUUGGCAACUUCCAGUCAAGGGACCAGACGGAAGCACAAUUUUCAUAAGGAUCCACAAGGAUGCCACAGUGGAUGAGGUGAUCAGCCAGAUCAGUAAGAGGAAAGGCAUCCCUAUAGAGCGCCUGCGUGUCCUGUACACAACCAGACAGCUGGAGUAUGGCCAGAACAAGCAUCUGUCUGACUACGGCAUACAGGACAUGUUCACCCUGCAUUACAUUGUACGUAUAGGAGGGCCUUGUCAGAUCUGCUCCAAGCCACAGGAAGACCAGAUGGAAGAUGAGGAGAUGACUGAUGAUUCUGGUACAGAAGAGAGCAGCAACAUUUGGCAACUUUAUGCCAAGCUAAACGACAGAAUUACUCACUCUAUAAAGAUCCACAAGGAUGCCCCAGUGGACAAACUGAUCAGGAUGAUCAGUGAGAGGAACAAGAUACCCAUCGAAUCACAGUCCAUCGUCUACACGACCAAGCGACUGGACUACGGCCAGGGCAAACAUCUGUCUGACUACGGUAUUACAGACAGGUCCACCAUGUUUGUUGUACUGUUUGUGAGAGGGGCUUCUUCAGUCGACCACAACUCAUCCACCCCUCAAGGAGAGCAGGAAGAGGAAGAUGACAAGACUACUGGUGCUUCUGAUACGGAAGAGGGCAGAAACUACUGGCAACUUUCCGUUAAGGACAACACUGGACGAAUAUACCAUAUCAGGAUCCACAAGGAUGCUACGUUGGACAGAUUGAUGGAUAAGAUCAGUGAGACUAACGGUGCUCCCCUUGAGUGUAUGCGUUUCAUAUUCGAGAGGAAACGUUUGGAGUAUGGCAAGGGGAAACGUUUGUCUGACUAUGGUAUUCAAGACAAGUCUACCAUUGAGGUCGUCAUUUGGGGUUUGCACAGGCCACAGGGAGAGCAGCAGGAUGUCAACGCUGCAGGUAGUUCUGAGGUGGACAGUGACAUCUGGCAACUUUCAGUUCUACAGCUUAGUGGGCGCAGGGAUUAUAUAACCAUCCACAAGGAUGCCACUGUGGAUGAACUGAUGGAGAAGAUCAGUGAGAAGACCGGUAUCCCUACUGUACAGAUACGUCACAUCAUGCACAAGGGUCAGAGACUGUACCAGGGGAGACACCUGUCUGACUACUCUGUUCAAAACAAGUCUGCCCUGUUCCUAACUCUGCGCCUGGGAGCAAGUCCUCAUCCCAGCCCCACUGGACCUUAACUGCUUCAGUCACUUUUUUAGAUG